CCGAGUUUAAUCGAAACCCUAAGCCACGGCUGGGAUCUGAGCCUCCUCCCCUUCGCCGCUUGCGCUAUUUAAGCCGCUUCCCGCUUGCCCCACGCCGGCUCCUUCGCCACGGCUUCCCCUCGGCAUCCUCUUCCCUCUUCCCCUCCCACGUCGACGGCAGAUACCUCUACCUGGAAUUAUGUCGGAUGAAGAACACCAUUUCGAGUCGAAGGCCGAUGCGGGGGCUUCGAAGACUUAUCCGCAGCAGGCUGGAACUAUCCGCAAGAACGGGUAUAUCGUCAUUAAGGGGAGGCCGUGCAAGGUUGUAGAGGUUUCGACCUCCAAGACUGGAAAACAUGGACAUGCUAAAUGUCACUUUGUUGGUAUUGAUAUUUUCAAUGCCAAGAAACUUGAAGAUAUUGUCCCAUCAUCUCAUAACUGUGAUGUUCCCCAUGUCACUCGUACUGACUAUCAGCUUAUUGACAUAUCUGAAGAUGGAUUUGUAAGUUUGUUGACUGAAAAUGGUAACACGAAGGAUGAUCUGAGACUCCCUACCGAUGAAUCCCUACUUGCUCCAAUCACGAAAGUGGGAAUACUACUCUCAGAAUCUAAAGCUGACCAUGUUCUAAACAUUCACCAACACUUAUACACCUAUUGUCUCAUCGAGUUUAUUAAAGAUGGUUUUGCAGAAGGAAAGGACCUGGUGGUGUCUGUCAUGUGUUCAAUGGGUGAAGAGCAGAUCUGUGCACUCAAGGACAUUGGCCCCAAGUAGCUUACCUGCAUCUAUUUGCUGCCUUGGUUUUUUUUAGCAGUGGAUUCUGUAAGCAUAAUGGAGCCAUUUGCGACUUCAAGAACAUAUAUGUCACGUGUACCUACUCUGCUCUAAAACUGCUUGAUCUGCCUUUUCCCCCCAUAAACAAGCUCGAUCUUGUUGGACAGUAGUCCAAUUACCCUAAAAAAAACAUAAAUAUGAUGUUCUUAUUAUAUUCA